AUGUCAAGAGGGGCGACUGGUUCGCCAGACUUCACCACGACUGAUGCUGUCAUUCCCGAUGCUAUUCCGUCUUAUACUCCACUCAAUCGAUAUAUUCUCCGUGAGUUCGAAUCAACUACGCAAGUACCAUUGCGGGACGACGGAAUCAAAGAUGCCGUCCGGUCGCAAUUGAAUGGGGGUCUACAAGAUUUGUUUGCGUACGUUGAAUGCUUCUAUGAGAACGAUUUGAAGAAAGUCGACACAGAGUUGACAGAUACGUACUUGGAGAUGGCUAUUCAAGCAUUGAAGGCUCAAUUCGACUUGGACAUGAUGUCAAAUGCCGUCGCCAAAGCUCGCGAACAGUUAAAGUCUGAUAUCAAUGAAAACCCUGAGUUGAUGUUGGAAACACUCGAGUAUUUUGAGAGUGUCGACAAACAAGGUGUAUUUAAAACUGUGAAGCAGCGAUACCUCGAGGCGAUGGCGACGAAGGACACCGAUUUCGUUGAGUACCUUGAAUCAAACCCCUACUACGAAAUGUACCGAAACGCAGCCCAGAUAAUCAUGGAUCCCUAUCUGGUGAUUGCAAAUGAAGAUAAUGAUGACGAUGUUGGCAUUAGUGGUGGUAAAAUAUCAUUGACAGAUCCUAUAUCGAUGACCAAGCUCGAAGAUCCACAACGGCUGAGAAAAUGUGGUCAUACCUUCAAUCUGGAUUACAUAAAAAGAAAUGUUGGAAGUCGUGGUAUUGAUUGCCCCAUCCCAGGGUGUCUGUAUCAGUUAACUAAAGAUGAUUUUGUGCCUGAUAUUUCAAUGAGACUACGGAUAAAAGUAGCAAACGAGAAAGAGAAGCAGGGGAAGAGAAAACCAGUUGAUUCUGUUAGAACUCGCGAACUGACCCCAGCUUAG